AUGGGAGGAGGAAAACUGGCGAGUGCGGCGGGGAUAAAUUAUUUGGUGGGGGAUGGUGGGGGCAGGGAUAUUAUUUUUAUUCGAGGUGACUCGACGGUUCUGCAGGGAAGCGCAAUGAGUCAGGCGAGAAAUCGGAGUUGGACCAAAUGGAUUGGCAAUUGCUCGUUGAACAGAGCGCAAAGGAACAGGAAUUGA